GUCCUGGAGAAAGAUUUCUUUGUUAAUGGAAAGAGGAAAAGCAAAAAGGGUUUCCAACAAAUUGCAACAGACUUUCCACCAUUCUAAAGAACCCACCUUCCUUAUCACCCCUGAAUCCCAUGCUUGCAGUUUCCCCGAAACGGGCCACGUUCACUCCACCGAAAAAAUUAAGAAAACCCCUCCAAGAAAUAGACCUGGAACAGUGACACUUUCCAAAAGACCUAGUAGACGGAGGAUGUCGGAGAGCCAGCCCAGCCCCCCUGUCAUCCUAGCCCGAAGGCCUGCAUUCCUCAUCUGCUACAUUUGUGGCCGAGAGUUUGGGUCCCUGUCACUGGCCAUCCAUGAGCCCCAGUGCUUGGAAAAGUGGCGUAUUGAGAACAACAAGCUGCCCAAGCACCUGAGGCGGCCAGAACCUUCCAAACCCCAGCCCUUCAGUGGCAGUGGCGCCUACAGUCUGGAGGAAGCCAACGAGGCUGCCUUCCGGAGUUCCCAGGCUCAGCUGCUGCUCUGUGAAUUGUGUGGUCGGACCUUCUCGCCAGAUCGUUUUCUUGUCCACCAUAGAACCUGCAAGCCCAAGGAUGAGGGGUCCAGAACCCCGAAUGCCAACCGUGCUUCUGAUGCCAUUGGCCUCAAGAAAGUACCUAGUGGCAUCCCAGCCCGACCACGGACUCUCGUCUGCUACAUUUGUGGCAGGGAAUUUGGCACCCUGUCUCUUCCCAUUCACGAGCCCCAGUGCCUGGAAAAGUGGAAAGCAGAAAAUGACCGUCUCCCCAGAGAUCUCCGCCAGCCGCUCCCACAGAAACCUCAGUUCCUUCCAACUGGACCGUCUUCCCGAGAGUGGCCAAGUCCAGCUCAGCUGGUGCCCUGUCCAAAUUGUAACCGGACAUUUACCCCCGACCGUCUUUUGAUCCACCAGAGAGGUUGUCAAGCUCAACUUCACAGAACCAAACUUGCGAACUUGACAGGGAGUAGAGAGGGCCUAAAAGAGCCCACUAAAUCCAAGCAGCAAAGGAACUCGGUGCCUUCCACAGGGAAUAAUAAGCCAACAAUGAUUAGGCGUCCACCAACAGUUGUUUGCUAUAUUUGUGGUCGUGAAUAUGGAACAAAAUCUAUUGCCAUACAUGAGCCACAAUGUCUUAAAAAGUGGCAUAAUGAAAACAAUUUGCUGCCUAAAGAUCUAAGGAGACCAGAACCUAAAAAACCAGAAAUCAGAAUUAUUAAUGCGAAAGGGUUCUAUGAUCUUGAAGCCUUAAAUGAAGCAGCUUGGACAACAGCCCAGAGCCAGUUGGUUCCCUGUAAUAAUUGUGGGCGCACCUUCCUGCCAGACAGACUUAUUGUUCACCAAAGAUCCUGUAAACCAAAAGUCGCCAAGUAAAGCUCUUUCAACAACUGUGUUAGAGGAAUUAGAGUCUUUUGAAAAAGAUGGGGGGUGAUGAGUUGACUGGAACAAAGUUGGUUGAACUGGGAAAGCCAAUUUAAG